CUUGUUUUAGUUAGCAAAAGUAAAAUUCUUUAUUUGCUAUGUAGCUACUGACAACUGUCUACAGCUUAUAGUGCCAAGUCAACAACUAGCAAAAAAAAAAAGUUUAUUUUUUGAUACACGAUUUAGUUGUGGAACAUUGCUCUAUUUGGACUAGUUCCCUUUCCCUAAUGUUCAUUAAGUUAAGUUUCCAGGUUUGGGUAGAUGCUGCAACAAAAAAUAGCACUGUAUCUGCUAAGUCUCCAGGCCUAAUAGUAUCUGUGUAUGUAGAUCCUAUUUAAAUCAGAAAUGUAGAUGCUGGCCCGUAAUAUUAGUAUUUAGUGACUAGUAGCCCCUUCUGUUUACAAGAUUUUUCUGUUUAAUUUUUUGUCCUUUUUUCUUCUCAAAGAAGAAAAGGUUUUAAGAAAUGGCCCCUUUUAGUCAACACAAGCUGUGAAAGAGAAGAAAGGGAAAAAUAAAGAAUAGAAGAUAAAAAAUAAUGGGAAAAAAGAUAGAAGAGAAGUGCAUGCGUCUAGUGACAUCUUCUUAGGGUAGAUUCACCAAACCAAUAGGGCAUUUCAAUUCAAUUCAUUUUCUUUUUGCUUGUGAAAACAUCCAUUUAUUAUGUGUCUUGGUCAACUUUAAUUUAACUUAAAAGACAGAGAACUUGUCAGUAGUUGAGGAAAUGGAAUGGCUCCAAACUUUGCUUUACAGUUUCGAAUUAAUUUUUUUCCUUUGUUUUCAAAAGGCAGUAAAUAAAUAAAUGCCAAUUUUUAUAAAAAGGACUUUUUAUUUCUCCUUUUCCAAAAUCAACACCUAUUUUUUUAUGCAUUCAAAUUAAUAAGUAUCUGUAUUCAGAGUCAUUUAUUUUUUUUGAUUCAGAGUCAUUUAUUAAAUCACCUUUAUUAAAUUUCCAAGACGGACGUGAACCAAUUUCUUAACCAAAAUUCAUACUUUGAAUUUUGAAAUUAAAAUAUUAAUUAAUAAUUAAAUUCCCAUUAUUUAAUUACUUUAUCAUUUUACAUUUUAAUAUAUUUUCCCCAAAUUUUCAACUUUAUUUAUUUACUCCUCCUUUUCCUGCAAAACCCUAAUUUCAUAUUUCACUCCGGAGAAUUUGUCAACCAGAAUUGUUGUUUUUCUCUUUAAUUGUAGAUUUUUUUUUCAAAAAAUUUGUUUUAUUUUUUUUGAAGCUCUUUCCGCUCUCUGCAAUGGUGGAGAUUUGAGUUACUGUGUCGCGUCUUUCUCGGAGUUCAACCUCAACCGUUCAAAAUUAUGCUUCUGGGUUUUCGUCAUUUCAGACAAAAGUUUCUAUUUUUGAGGUGUUUCUGAGCAGUUACAACUUUUUCUGUGCUUAAACGUCAUUGUACUGUUUCUGGGUACGUCAGUUCUGCAUUCAAGUACAUUUGUCUUCACUGAGUUAAAAAAGAUUCAAUCUUUUCUGCUGUUUAUGAUUUUGUUAAUGCUUGAAUCUUCAAUGGGUAGGGUUUAAGUGUGUUUUAAGGUUUUGGGGUGUCCUAGUUUUUCUUUGAUUCACAAAAAAAUGGAGGAAAGAGAGAUUUUUAGUUCUGGGCAUGCUGUUAAUCUUCUCGAGGCCCCCCAUAGCUUCCACGUGGCACUAAACUCGUGCAGUUUUCCGGGCCCACAGUGGAGACACCGGCACCAGCACCAGCACCGGCACCGGUGAUUGCUCCGGUGAUGAAUUCAGGUAGUACGGAGGGGAAGAAGAAGAGGGGCAGGCCUAGGAAGUAUGGACCGGAUGGCAAGGUGGCGCUGUCACCGAUGCCGAUAUCGGCGUCGAUUCCGUUCACCGGAGACUUCUCAGCCUGGAAAAGGGGCAGAGGGAAGCCACUUGAAUCAAUCAAGAAGACUUUUAAGUUUUAUGAAGCUGGAGGUGCAGGAUCUGGUGAUGGAAUUGCAUACUCGGUUGGUGCCAAUUUCACACCUCACAUCCUUACAGUAAAUGAUGGCGAGGACGUUACUAUGAAGAUUAUGUCCUUCUCUCAACAAGGAUGUCGAGCAAUUUGCAUUCUGUCUGCAAAUGGCACAAUUUCAAAUGUUACACUACGCCAACCAACUUCUUCUGGUGGUACUUUAACAUAUGAGGGGCGGUUUGAAAUUCUUUCCUUGUCUGGUUCAUAUAUAACAACUGAGAAUGGAUUAACAAAGAGCAGAUCUGGUGGUAUGAGCAUCUCUUUGGCCGGUCCAGAUGGUCGAGUAAUGGGGGGUGGAUUGGCUGGUUUGCUGGUAGCUGCAGGUCCUGUGCAGGUUGUUGUGGCUAGUUUUCUUCCUGGUCAUCAGCUGGAGCAGCAGAAACCGAAGAAGCCAAGGGUGGAGCAUAUAAUAUCAAUGGCUGCCCCUAUGCAUGUCAACCCUACUUCAGCUGCUGAAGAAAUAAGAAUUGGUCUUGGUGGAGUAAAGCCAAUCAUGACACCAGCUGCUUUUCAAGUGGACCACAUUUUUGGCAAUGGCCAAAGCUCUGGGAACUCAGCUUCUGAUGAUUCAGCCUCUUUCCCUGAAAAUGAGUCCAACCCCAGCCAUGCAGAUGCUGGAGUUGCAUGCUAAACAUGCUCCCUGCCAAGUAUUUGGUGUUCUACAGUGUCAAACCCCUUUUGGGCUCAUGCUUGACUGAUGCUGACAAUUAACAUGACACUUAUAGUGGGAUGGAUGAGUGUCAGGUUGGUUUUGACUUGAGAAAUUGUUCGCUUUGUGUUAGGUGUUAUUAGUGUUAGGAAAUCUACUUUUUAGGCUUUCCUUGUUUCUCUUUGGUGUUAUCUAAUAUUGUUUACUGAGUUGUAGCAGUUAGAUGUAGGAUAUAUGUUUGAAAUGAGUGCAUGUGGGUGCUUUCUAAACUGUAACCUAACGAUAUUAUUUGUUGUGAAGGAGGAAAUUACAUUUCAGCAUUUAUUUGUUUUCUCA